CCCGCCAAAGCAGCUGCCUCGGUUGGCCUAAUAGCCCGGGUGGCCCCAUGUGACUCUUGCAAGUCAUUCACGGCGCAGAGGAUGGACGGCAGAAGCUAAAAUCCAUUAAUUCAUUGAUCUGGUGCCUUUAGGGUAUUUAGGCAGCAUUGUAGUCCAGAGGAAAUGGGAUGGAGGGAAGGUUGUUUGUUGGUCCUUUCGGCCUGUCUCUCACCAUCCCUUUCUUUUCUUUUCGGGCAGUUUGCUGGUCGGGGGAAUGGCCCAGUCAUGAAUGGCGAUGCCGUUUGCCAAGAACCUCCCUCCCAGCUUCCCGACUGGAGGGAAUUCUGCGAGGUCCAUGCCCAGGCAGCUGCGGUGGACUUUGCCCAGAAGUUCUGCCAGUUCCUGAAGGAGAACCCCCACUACGACACCCCCGGGGCGGAGACGUCUUUCUCCCACCAUUUUGCCGCCAACUUCUUAGACAUCUUCAGCCUGGAGGUCAACAGGGUGUUUGUGUCCAACUCGCCCACCAAAUACAACAUCGUGCCCUUUGUGGGCCUUCAGAACUGCCAUAUGCCUUACGGGAGGGAACUCUUGCCCAGGAAAGAGCAGACAUCCACCGAGUCCCUGGAUAGCAUGGACAACCAGGUCACCGCCGGGAGGUACCUCAGUCAAUCUCAGCAAGUCCAGGCCCGCAAGGUCUCCUCCUAUGGCCAGUCCCGGAGCUCAGAGGACGUCUCUGUCCAUAGCAACUCGAAACCCAAAUUCAAGAAAGGUUUCUCCUUGAGGAACAUGAGCCUGUGCGUGGUGGAUGGUAUGAAGGAGAUGUGGCACAGGAGGUCUUCUCCGGAGCCCGGGGCAGAAGCCACGCAAAGCCGGAGAUCCGACAGAGAACCGUGUCCUGCCGGGAACAAGGAGCACAACGAUUCCAGGGAGAAAUGGACUCACAAGCUCCGGCUUUCCAAGGGACAGUCUUCCAAAGUGGAUCUGGUGGACAUUCAGAGAGAAGGGACCCUCCGAUACAUGGUGGCCGACGAUACGAACUGUGUGGGGAGUUCUCAGUGGCAGAAGUGUCGCUUGAUGCUCAGGAAAGCAGUGAAAAUGGAAGGGGAAAGAUUCCUUCUGGAGUUCUAUGUUCCUCCCAAGGCUUCGAAAGCGAAGGUCAGCAUCCCCCUUUCGGCCAUUAUCGAGGUGCGCACAACAAUGCCACUGGAGAUGCCUGACAAAGAUAACACUUUUGUCCUGAAGGUAGAAAACGGAGCUGAGUACAUCUUAGAAACCAUUGACUCACUGCAGAAACACUCCUGGGUGGCAGAUAUCCAAGACUGCAUAGAUCCUGGGGACAGUGGCGAUGACAUCGAACUCGCCUCUUGCACCCAGGGGGCCUGCCUGCCGAGCAGGGUCUCGUCUUGCAGCUGCGAGUUCCUCGCUGAUGAUGUGUCCCGGUUUCAGGACAGAUGUGCCAGCUCUGCUGCGCCACCAGACGCCACACCCAACGCUGCCACGGUUAUCACAGCCCCACACAGCAGGAGCAGGGACUCUAUGGGAGAGUACAGAGCCCAUGUGCCUCUGGAGAACUUUCUACAGACAUUGGACUCGCCAGCUACCGGGAGCCAUGCGGCAGGGGAGGAAAGUGAGACGGAAGCAGAGGUCAACCUCUUGGAUUUCCCUUGGUUCCACGGGACACUGUCGCGGGUCAAAGCUGCCCAGCUGGUGCUGUUUGGCGGAGCCAGGAGCCAUGGGCUGUUUGUCAUUCGGCAGAGUGAAACCCGGCCAGGCGAAUAUGUGCUGACCUUUAACUUCCAGGGAAAAGCCAAGCAUUUGCGACUGUCGUUGAAUGAAACCGGGCAAUGCCAUGUUCAACACCUUUGGUUCCAGACCAUCUUUGACAUGUUGAGGCAUUUUCACACGCAUCCCAUACCUUUGGAGUCAGGAGGUUCUGCCGACAUCACGCUCCGCAGCUAUGUAGUGGCACAGAGUCCGUUGCCGGACGUCAGUCCCUCCUCGGCGGUGGCCUCCCAGCAGCCCCUGUGCCGAAAUGACCUCCAGUCUCAACACUACUUCUCCAGCUUCGUCCCCGUCACCUUUCAGCCAGCCUCCCCUUCGGAGGGCACCACCUCUUCCUCUUCCUCCUCCGCCAGCCAUUCGCUCUACCAUCGGAUGGAAGGGACCCUCAGCGCCCGGAGCCGGAGCAAUAGCACAGAGCGCCUCUUUGAUUCCUCUGCUGUGGGGGCCGAGGAUUACCAUGAGAGCGAGGGCUCCCGCAGCAGAACCAGAGCCGUGGAAAACCAAUAUUCUUUUUACUGAUUGCGCUGCGGGGAGUUAUGGUUUCCCCCCCUUCCUUCCAGCGCUCUGGCGUUUCCUCCUUUUGGAAUGGCUGCUUUUGGAAGACACUCCGAAGUGGCUCCUUUCACAUCUCAAGAGUUGUCAGCAUUCUCUGAAUGUGUCCGUGUGGCACCUCCAUGUCUGUGGCCUGCAAAGUGUUUUUCUCCCUUAUUUCUUUCCAUUGUACAAACUGAAGGCUUCCCCUUUCUUUUCCAAGCAUCCAAACGGAUAGCACACUGCUGGUGGGUUAUACCAUUAAGAAAAUAAGUGGAACACAGCUGUUGUCUCUUACUUGUCCUCUGGGUAACUGAAGACUGAAUACGGAGUGAGGAGGAAAUGCACUACUCUUUGGUCUCUGUGGGGUUGAGGCCUCUUUGCUUUCCAUCUGUCUCCACCUAAAGAGUCUCAAUGAGUUGGAAUCAGGACAGUUUGUAACGUGUGUGUGGGAAUCAGGAGCCAGUUUUUAUCAGAUCACUCUUGGCUCACCAUAGUUUGCAUUCAGGGGGCCCCAGCUGAGAAUGCUUGCAAAAGAAUGGUUUCGUGGUCCGGCGGUCCUCUCUCCCUGUAAAUUGGUCGGGUUCUUGAUAUUCAUUGUGCCAACUCUUCCUCCAAGUCCUUUCCCUUUAGAACCAAAAUACCGUGUGCUUGAAAGAGAGACACAUACAUUAAGUGCAUAUAAGUGAAGCUGCCUGGCCUGCAGGCAGACCAUAGGUCUGUGUGGCCUAAGAGUGGGCAAACUCAAAAGAUUCAGGGCCCAAUUCCCAUCUGGCAAGGCAAGAGUAGUGUUGCAUUGUAUUUUAAGAGCAAAGUACAGCUCCUAGGACCUUCUAGGAGCAGCAGUUCUCCUCUUCCUGACAGAAAUGGUAUUUCUGUGUGCCUGGGAGGAUCUAGAGCCCAACCAAAAUAGGUGUGGGAGCCAUGGUGCAGGUGACAUGGUGCUUAUCCAUGGUGUAACUAAUCGUAUGAAAGGCAGAAGCUCUCCAGAGAGUGGCAUCAACUGUACUGCCUUCUCUUAGCUGGGUGCAGCAGGGCUGGCAAUGGGAUAAAAGGCAGACACCUUUUUUGCACACUUAAUUGGCACAGUUUCUUCUCAGCACAGAGCUAUGAUGUCCCCAUUUUGCACAAUUACUAAAGCAGCCCUUUAUCAUUACUUCCUCCCUCAGUGAAACAAUUCUGUUUUCUGUCAAAGAGGAACACUGUUGUUCCUUUGAACGGGACAAAUCUUGGUUCUGACGCAAAUUAAAUCACAGUGCAAGGCUCUUGUGAGUCAUUGGAGAUUGCAACAUUUGCUUUUCCAGAAGUGUCACUUGAUCUAAGAGAAUGCGCUUUGCUGCUUGGGAAGAGGCAGUCUUCACUUAACAAAAAUAUAGUUGUCUGGUUGCAUUCCUGCUUGACUUACAUAGAGAGAAUGACUGGAGAGUUAAGUAUGGGACUAGGAAUGAAAAAUUGGGGGAGCACUGAAAUAAAGUUAAUGUGCAGAAAGGAAAAGAUACACAGCCAAGUGGCGUCAAACAUGCAUUUAGGGUGAGAGUCUAAAACCGGUGGGCAGCGAGUGAACCUUAACAUCAACACAUUUUAGCAUCUGUGUGUAAUAUUGAAACGGUGAUGAAACCACAGAACUGUUUGAGACUCAUCUUUGGAAAGUUCAUUGUUUGUUGUGUACGUCAUUCCUGACUUAUGGUGACCCUAAGGAAAUGGGGUUUUCUUGGCAGAAUUUAU